CUAAAAUCCAUACAACACAGCGAAGAGCUAAAGACAGAAAGAAGACCUUUCUCUUUCUUUUACUAACAACGGAUUUUCUAAUUAACGGCGUUAGAAUCAAGUCUGAACGGUUUCUCAACCUCAACUCUCUCUCAUGAUCUCGUGUUUGUAGGAACCUGGUCUAGUUUUUGCAACCAGAGUCUUCUCAUUUUUUUUACCGGCAGAGAGAUAAAAGAAAAGAACAACCUCGCCAAUAUUCUCACCUUCUGGCGAGAGGUCUCAAUCUUGCCGGAGCUUCCGUUUCUCUCCACCGGAGAAUCUGUUUCUUAGCUGAAGAGAGAAGAUUUGUAAUAAAAAAAGACGAAGAAGUAAAGUAUAGGAGGAGGUUAACGUGCAAUGCAGGGAAAUUAAAAGAGAAUCAAGGAAGGAAGGCGGUGUUUGGUUGGAGGAUCUUACACGGCAAAGAUGCUAUGCUGCUAAUAAGAUGAUGCCUUCUUCCUUCAAUUUCCCUUUCCUUUAGCCAGUUACAUACAAGACUCAGAGAUUUUUGUACACAAGUGUUAAUGCAACAGUGGGCCGCCCAGAUUGAGAUUUUUUUUAUUUUUUUUAUGGGUGGGGGGUUUUUAUAUAGUCUUGUUUUAGGUAUCAAUUCAUAAUGCCAUCUGAAAUAAUGGACUCACAGGGUUUGCCCUCAUCAUCAUUUUUCUCUGAGGAUGUUUCUUUUCCAGAGAGGCAGGUAGGGUUUUGGAAGUCAGACACGAUGCCUGAUCAACAUGCUGGGAAAUCAGCUGUUUUGACACCCCUAGAGAAACCUGUAGCUGUGGAUUCGGUUAAAUCGCUUGAACAUCCUCAGCUUUCCCUAAUGCAUGACCAUAAAAUGAAUCAUAGCUUAGAUAAGCAUGCGGUGGGAGCAGAGAGAGCAUUAAGUAGGUCCUUCACAUUGUUGAGACCUGUGGACAUUGAUCCAGGUACAAGGACUAGUUUGAAUGUACAGCCGGCAUCUUAUUUUGCAGAAGGUUGCAAAGUGAACGCAAUGGCAACUCAGCAUGAGAAUAGUCUCUUCUCAAGCUCAUUAUCAGAAUUAUUUAGCAGAAAGAUGAGUUUAUCUUCAACCAAUCCUCUAUAUGGCCAUUCUGUUGAUACUAUUGCAUCUCAUUUCGAGGAAGAGGAACAUUUUGAGUCCCUUGAAGAAAUUGAGGCCCAAACCAUUGGUAACCUUCUCCCUAAUGAUGAUGACUUGUUUACUGGGGUGACCGAUAGGGUAGAAAAUAUUAACCAUCCCAGUGGUGGAGAUGAUAUGGAGGAGUUGGACUUUUUCAGCAGCGUUGGAGGGAUGGAUUUGGGGGAUGAUGGUUCUGUGGCCCAGAUUGAUUCUGAAUUUCCUGGAGGAGCUUCCAAUGGUCAGCUGGGGGCAUGCAAUCUUUCAAUGGCAGGAGAACACCCUUAUGGUGAACACCCUUCUAGAACACUCUUUGUGAGAAAUAUAAAUAGCAAUGUUGAAGACUCUGAGUUAAGAGCUGUAUUUGAGCAAUAUGGUGAUAUCCGUACACUUUAUACGGCUUGCAAGCAUCGUGGUUUUGUUAUGAUAUCCUAUUACGAUAUUAGAGCAGCCAAAAACGCGAUGAAAGCACUACAGAAUAGGCCAUUGAGACGUAGGAAACUUGACAUUCAUUACUCAAUUCCAAAGGACAACCCUUCAGAGAAAGAUUUUAACCAGGGUACUCUUGUUGUAUCCAACCUUGAUUCUUCUGUUUCAAAUGACGAACUUCGUCAGAUCUUUGGUGUUUAUGGAGAGAUCAAGGAGAUUCGUGAAACCCCAAACAGAAAUCAUCACAAAUUAGUUGAAUUUUAUGAUGUGAGAGCUGCAGAAGCUGCUCUUUGUGCAAUGAAUAAGAGUGAUAUUGCUGGGAAGCGGAUUAAGCUAGAGGCAAGCCAUCCACGGGGUUUAAAACGUUUAUCGCAACAGAUUCCUACUGAGUUGGAACAAGAUGAUUUUCGGCCUUUUGUGCAGCAGAUUAGCCCUUCCAUUAACUUAACUACUGGAUUCUCUGGAACAAUUACAUCCAGUGGCAUGGAUAAUGGGCCUAUUUUGGGUGCACCCUCUGCAAUACAAGCUCCAUUUUUGAAAUCUGCAUUGCAUCAUGGAAUCUCUUCUAGUGUUCCUAACAGCUUGUCCUCACUUUUGAGAGUUGAAUCAGCUGGCAAUCAAACUGGCUUUGCUGAGCUUAGUCACUCACCAGGUCAAUUGAAAUUUGAUAUUCAGGGCGCUCCAAAUUUUCAUCCUCAUUCACUUCCAGAGUAUGAUGGUCUAAAUAGUGGUGUUCACUGCAAUUCUCCUGGAGCAAUGGCUGCAAACAUCAAUCCAAGGCCACUUGAAAGAAUUUAUACCCGGCAGUUAGCCAGAAUGAGCUCAAAUGGAAAUCCAAUUGAGUUCAGUGAAGGAGUUUUUGGAUCUGCUCAAAAUGGAAGCUGCCCUCUAACUGGGCAUCACUAUAUAUGGGGUAACUCCUAUCAUCACCAGCUUCCAGGCAUGAUUUGGCCAAGCUCACCAUCGUUUGUCAAUGGAAUUUCUAUUGCUCAUCCUGGACCACGGCUGCAUGGACCUCCUAGAGCACCAUCUCCUAUGCUGAAUCCAGUUUUACCCAUCAAUAACCAACAUGUGGGAUCAGCGCCAGCUGUUAAUCCUUCUCUCUGGGAUAGGCAACGUGCAUAUGCAGGGGAAUCUCCUGACACAUCUGGUUUCCAUCCUGGCUCCCUUGGGAGCAUAAGGAUAUCCAAUAAUUCGUUGCAGUCCAUGGAAUUUCUCUCUGCUAACAUGUUUCCUCAUGGUGGCGGAAACCGUCUGGAACUUUUAAUGACCCCAAAAAAUGUCGGGCUCCAAUCCCAACAGCAGAGGUCCAUGGUGUUUCCUGGCAGAGGCCAAAUGAUUCCCAUGAUUAAUACAUUUGAUCCUCCUAGUGAACGUGCUAGAAGCCGUAGAAAUGAGGGCAGCAUUAGUCAGGCUGACAAGAAACAAUAUGAGCUUGACAUUGAUCGGAUAUUGCGAGGGGAAGACAACCGUACAACACUUAUGAUAAAGAAUAUUCCGAACAAGUAUACUUCAAAAAUGCUUCUGGCAGCAAUUGAUGAACACCAUAAAGGGUCUUACAAUUUCAUUUACCUGCCAAUUGAUUUUAAGAACAAAUGCAAUGUUGGGUAUGCAUUUAUCAACAUGAUUGAUCCCAGUCAAAUAAUUCCAUUCUAUCAGGCAUUUAAUGGGAAGAAAUGGGAGAAGUUCAAUAGUGAAAAGGUAGCAUUGCUUGCAUAUGCUCGCAUACAAGGAAAAACAGCUCUCAUUGCACAUUUCCAGAAUUCAAGCUUGAUGAACGAGGAUAAGAGAUGCAGACCCAUUCUCUUCAAUACUGAUGGACCCAAUGCAGGUGACCAGGUUCCCUUUCCAAUGGGGGUUAAUGUAAGAACUAGACCUGGGAAACCCCGAACCAUCACCCACGAGGAGAAUCAGCAAGGAAGCCCAUCAAAUCUGGCGGGUGGGGAGGAUUCUUCAAAUGGGGAUGCUUCCUCAGGUUCUGGAAAGGAGUCUGAUUAAGCAAGCCACUUGUUUUUGAGGGCGCUAACCUUGUAGGACUGAGUAAUUUAAAAUCGGUACCACUCCAAGUCUUUAUGAAUGAUGUUGGGGUGCCUGAUUAAAAAGGGACCUUUUUUGUUUCAGCUUUUGAGAAGUUUCUUAAACGUUUAGGGGACAUGGCCAGACCUAAGGUGAUUUUCCAAUUUUAUUCUGGUUUUCAUAAAAUUCUGAACUGGUUAGGCAAGAGAAGCAUCUGGUGGAGCUUCGAAAUUUUGGAUGUUGUUGAGAGUAGUCCUAUAUAGAUAUAUAUACAACAUAUGUAUAGGAGUUUCUGAGAACUGAAGGGAUCAUUUUGUCGUGGUUCCAGAGGCUUCUGUAUUUUCCCGGGUUUUGUUUGUUUUUUGAAUGCAUGGCUUGGAUCCCAUUUGUAGUUUUUCGCUGAUAUAUACCGAAGUCAGGGAGGAGCUCUGUUUUGGAAAUUUUUGAGGUGGUCACUUAUUGAUGUCGUUUACCAUUAUUGCUUAUUGAUAGAGGCGUGCUGUGCCCUUAACUUUGUGCC